UUUACUCUGCUUGAACAGUUAAUAAUGAAACAGAGCAUUUUACAAAUUUGGUACAUAAAUACUAAGGAAGGAGUAGCAUUCAGAUCUUCGGAAGAUUCUGACCUCAUCUUUACACAAUCAAUAUAAAUCCCAAUGAAGUCCAUCAUUUACCUCUUACUCUGUUGUGUUCAAAUCAACUGCUAUCCUCUCUCAGGAGACCAAAACAAUCAGGAUGAUAACAGAGAAGACAGUGAUUUGAAACGUAAACAUCCCUUUUUGGACAAAGAAGACAAGAAGCCAACAGACUAUGAUAAGAUUACUUCCAUCAAUGUUGACUUUGCAUUCAGAUUCUACAACCAAAUCAUUUCAGGCACAGCUGAUAAAAAUGUUUUCCUCUCUCCUUUGGGCAUCUCCACAGCAUUUGCCAUGCUAGCCCUGGGUGCAAAAUCUGAAACACAGGUUCAGCUUUUGAAAGGACUCGGCGUCAACCUGUCAGAGAUUAAGGAGGAGGAGAUACAUGAAGGAUUUCAUUAUCUCCUCCACAACCGACCAUAUGCCAAAUCAGAGGUGACCAUGUGGACUGAACCAGAGGUGAACAUUGGAAAUGCCUUGUUUGUUGAAGAGAAUUUAAAACCACUGCCAGAGUUUUCCAAGGGUAUCAAAGCCUUGUAUGAAGCUGAAAGUUUUUCCUGCAACUUCAGUAAUUACAUAGAAGCUGAAGAACAGAUAAAUGAUUAUAUAAUGAACAAAACUGGGGGGAAAAUACCUCACUCAGUUGAUAGACUUGAUCAAACUACAGUAAUGGUUCUUGUGAACUAUAUCACCUUCAAAGCUGACUGGAAACUGGCAUUCGACACAGCUUCAAUCACAGAAGAAGACUUUUUCGUAGAUGCCAACAGAACAGUGAAAGUCAACCUUAUGUCUCAAGAAGGCUACUAUAAAUACCUCCGUGAUGAUGUUUUGUCUUCCUGGGUGGUCGAAAUUGAUUUCAGAGGAGAUGGCAUCGCUGAAACGUACCGAGAUGACAUAACCGCAUUAUUCAUUCUACCAGAUGAAGGGAAAAUGAAAUAUUUGGAAGGUGCUUUGCUAAAAGAAAGUAUCUCUAAAUGGGUAACAUUUUUCAGAACAUCUGCAUACGAAGACCUACAUCUAUCCAUUCCAAAAUUUACCAUUUCCUCUUCCUACGAUCUUAAAGACAUAAUGGAGAAGCUAGGUGUCACUGACAUCUUUAAUAACGAUGCAGAUCUCUCUGGAAUUAACGGAGAACGAAAUCUGAAGGUUUCCAAAAUUGUUCACAAGGCUGUGCUGGACAUCCGGGAAAGUGGUACUGAGGAAGAAAAGGUCACUACUUUAUGGAGCUGGCCAGUAUUUCAUCCGGUUUCAUCUACACCUAUCAUCAAGUUCAACAAGCCCUAUAUGAUGGUCAUUCUAGAUAAGAGAAUAAAUAUUAUCUUUCUAGCAAAAAUGGUAGAUCCAACUGAAGGAGGGACCUAGCUGAUGAAUGUCGAAGCCACAGAAGAUCAAGCUGAAGGAUGUGUAUUUUGCAGGAGGCAUCCAAUUACAGAAUUUCCUCACAGCUGCAAAAUCUUACUGCUCCAUAUGCUUGUCUCAAAACAAGCUUUGUUUUUGUACCCUGUAAUCUGUUGACCUAAGGGUUAAAAAAAUCUGCAAAAUAAUUAUACAAUUAAAAAUAUUUUAAAAGAAGAAA